UGAAAUUCAGUAUCUAUUAGGAAGUCAUUGCAACAGCAGGGAUUUUGAGUUCUGUUUCUUUUUAAGCUUUUAACUUGUGACAAUGGCAUUGAAUCGGAGAUUCAGAUUUCUUCUUUAUCUUCUAACCUUCAAAACAGGGUUGAGUGCUGAGAUCUCAGUGUUUGUGCGGAUGGGAAGCUCUGUUGAAAUGGAUAUACAGAUACAAGAGUUACCAGAGUUUGAUGAUUUAUCCUGGAGAAAAGAUAAAUCAGAGAUGAUAGUUAGAUAUACAAACGAAACUAAAAGAAUAAAACUUUACUCUUCCUACAAGGACAGAGUGGAUUUCAAUGAUAAAACCUUCUCUCUGACACUGAAGAACAUGCAGGAGACAGACAGUGGACUCUACACAGCAAGAGCGAGUGGAGAAACAGAGAAUGAUAUUGUUACAUACAGAGUAUCUGUUAUAGAUGCUGUGGAGGCUCCCGUCCUGAUUGUUAACUCAAACGCUUCCAGCAGUGACUCCUGUUCUGUGAACUUCACAUGCAGCGCUCAAGAGUUCAUGAUUAACUCCACCUAUCAGAACAACAGAUGCUCUCCAGAGGAAGUGACAUCACAGAUCAACACUCUCAUCCUGGACUGCAGUGAGGAAUCAAUCACAUGUAACCAUAGCAACCCUGUCAGCUGGAAAGAAGUCAGAAUGAGCAUCAAAGAACUCUGCAUUAAUAACGAGAAUGAGUCAAGUCCAGACCAGAGUGGGUCAUCUUUCCUGUGGCCGGUAGUUGGUUCGGUGGCGGUGUUCGUUUUGAUAAUAUGUCUUUUAGCCUUUCUGUACAUCAAGUGUAAAAAAGGUCCUCAGGAGGUAGUAGAAGGUACAGUUUAUGCUCAAGUUGAGGCUGAAGACCAGACACGGAAGAAAAUGGGAGAUAAUCGACCCAUCACCGUCUACUGCACAGUAGGACAACAUAAAAAAAUUAUCUCCCCUGAAAUAGAUCAUACAACUUAUUCAGCGGUGUGCAAGCAACCAAACAGGACACCAGCCGUCGUUUCACCCAAAGACAAUUAAAAUGAAACUGGCUAUUUGUCACGUGUGGGGAAGUGGUCACAGGGCUUGGCCUCAAGAUGGCAUCCUUUGUUACAUGCCGCAUGUGUUAUUGACUUUUAAAAAUGCAUUUUGCCCAAUUCUGUUACUGUUUCUUGUACCAUAUGUUCCUAUAUUUUCUUACAUGGUAAAAAAAAAUAAUAAAAUACAUAGCGCAUCCAGGAAAA